GGAACUGCCUCUCGCGCUCCCUUCGCCGCCGCCGCGGAUUAGGCUCGCCGCCGCCGGGAGAUGCCGACGUGCUGAGGGGCGCCUCGUCUUCCCCUUUCGCUGUCACCCCGGCCGGAGAGGCGGGCGGCGAGGAGGCUGCGCGAGAUGGAGGCGCUGCCCGCGGCCGGGGGGAAGCUCCUCCGGCAAGCGUGACCUUUUCUGCGCUCCGGUAAAAAGCGCGUCGUUGGUGGUUGGUUGGUUUGUUUUUGGAGAGGGCUUUCGAGCUCUUGCCCUCCCCGGAGCCGCAGCAGCGGGGCGAGCCGUCUCCUCGCAGUGGGAUGUUCUCAUCGUUGCGUUCAUGCUGGCGUCUCUGGCUUGGAUACAUAACUGGAACAAUAGCUGUCCUUACUACAGUAUACUAACUAAGGACUCGAUAAAGAAUGAGGAGAUUUAUCUACUGCAAAGUGGUACUUGCCACGUCACUGAUGUGGGUUCUUGUGGAUGUCUUUCUGCUCUUGUACUUCAGUGAAUGUAACAAAUGUGAUGACAAGAAAGAGAGAUCUCUGCUGCCUGCUCUAAGAGCUGUAAUGUCAAGAAGCCAAGAAGGACCUGGAGAGAUGGGGAAAGCAGUCCUUAUUCCCAAAGAUGACCAGGAGAAAAUGAAAGAGAUGUUUAAAAUCAAUCAGUUUAAUCUCAUGGCCAGUGACUUGAUUGCAUUAAACAGAAGUUUGCCUGAUGUAAGGCUGGAGGGAUGCAAGACAAAAGUCUACCCUGACGAAUUACCAAACACAAGUGUGGUUAUAGUAUUUCAUAAUGAAGCCUGGAGCACUUUACUUCGAACUAUUUACAGUGUUAUAAAUCGGUCACCACACUAUCUGCUUUCUGAAAUCAUCUUAGUAGAUGACGCCAGUGAAAGAGAUUUUCUGAAGGCCCCAUUAGAGAAUUAUGUGAAAAAUCUGCAAGUGCCAGUAAAAAUUAUUAGGAUGGAACAGCGGUCAGGCCUGAUUCGAGCUCGGCUUAGAGGAGCGGCAGCUUCUAAGGGGCAGGUCAUAACUUUCCUGGACGCGCACUGUGAAUGCACUUUAGGCUGGCUGGAGCCACUAUUGGCAAGAAUAAAGGAAGACAGGAAGAUUGUCGUUUGCCCAAUCAUUGAUGUGAUCAGUGAUGACACUUUUGAGUAUAUGGCUGGGUCAGACAUGACCUAUGGAGGAUUUAACUGGAAACUUAACUUUCGUUGGUAUCCUGUUCCCCAGAGAGAAAUGGACAGAAGGAAAGGAGAUAGAACACUGCCUGUAAGGACCCCUACUAUGGCUGGUGGCCUAUUUUCUAUUGACAGAAACUACUUUGAAGAGAUAGGAACUUACGAUGCAGGAAUGGAUAUCUGGGGUGGAGAGAAUCUUGAAAUGUCUUUUAGGAUCUGGCAAUGUGGAGGCUCAUUGGAGAUUGUAACAUGCUCACACGUAGGCCAUGUCUUUCGGAAAGCUACACCUUAUACUUUUCCGGGUGGUACUGGUCAUGUCAUUAACAAGAACAAUAGACGGCUGGCGGAGGUGUGGAUGGAUGAAUUUAAAGAUUUCUUCUAUAUCAUAUCUCCUGGGGUCGUUAAAGUAGAUUAUGGAGACAUAUCGGCCAGAAAGGUAUUGAGAGAGAAUCUGAAAUGUAAUCCAUUUUCGUGGUACCUAGAACACGUCUAUCCAGAUUCCCAGAUUCCAAGGAGAUAUUACUCCCUUGGAGAGAUCAGAAACGUUGAGACCAAUCAGUGCUUGGAUAACAUGGGGCGCAAAGAAAAUGAAAAGGUUGGGAUAUUCAACUGUCAUGGCAUGGGAGGAAACCAGGUAUUUUCAUACACCGCUGACAUGGAGAUUCGCACAGAUGAUUUAUGCUUGGAUGUCUCCAGGCUCAAUGGCCCUGUGAUUAUGUUAAAGUGCCACCACAUGAGAGGAAAUCAACUUUGGGAAUUUGAUGCCGAGAGACUUACCUUGAGGCAUGUGAACAGUAACCAGUGUCUUGAUGAACCGUCUGAAGAAGACAAAAUGGUUCCUACCAUGAAAGACUGCAACGAAAGCCGAUCUCAGCAAUGGCUGCUACGCAACAUGACCUUGGGUGCCUAAAACCAAGAGAGACUUGCUGUUUCCUCAGGCCUUGUAAGGUUCUAGACUUUUGUACUUCACACAUUUGUAUCAAACAGAAAGGAUGCAUUCCUCUUCCCUAGCUGCUUCCUAGUGAGAGGUUUUGAAUGCUUGGUUAAAAGCCCACCUGUCAGGG